GGAGUCGCAAAAGUGUUGUUAGACGUGAGGUAGUUGCAGAAGUGACAAAUUGUUUUAAAACGACAGGGAGGACUACCCUUUACACCUAUGGAUAUUUGCAACGACACGAUUAAGUGAAGGAUCAUUCACGAACGAACGAGAUUUUUUAAGGACGAGGGAGGUUUUUAUAUCAAGCUGACGACGAGCAGAGUGUCUAUAAAUCGAGUGAAGGAGGUUUCCUUGCACGAAGGAGAUCACCAUUGGCCGUCAGAAUGGCCACUUUAUCCUUACGAAUCUCCAUUGUGGAGAAGAAUUUGACAAAGAUGAUGCAGUUCGACCCGAGCACAUCAAUCUACGAUGCUUGCAGAAUUAUCAGAGAAAAAUUGGUCGAGGCCAGCAACAUGGGAGAACCGAAAGAAUACGGAUUGUUUCUCGGGGACGAGGACGCGAAAAAAGGAGUUUGGCUCGAGCCAGGUCGAAGCCUGGAAUACUAUCUCCUGAGGAACGGCGAUUUGCUUGAGUAUCGUCGUAAAAUGCGAAUUCUCCGUGUCAGAAUGCAGGACGGAAUCCUCAAAACCAUGUUGGUGGAUGAUAGUCAACCUGUAGCUAAUCUGAUGGUUGUCAUUUGUACAAGGAUCGGAAUUACAAAUCAUGAUGAAUAUUCCUUGGUGCGUGAACUCCCCGACGAGGAGACGGAAAAUCUUAAACCUAGCAACUUCGGCACUCUCACGUUAAAAAGGAAAAAGGAAGACAAGGGAGAAAGGGACGUCAAAAUGGAUCAGUUAAGAAAGAAACUGAAGACGGAUGAUGAAGUGAAUUGGAUUGACCCAGGCAAAACUUUGAGAGAACAGGGUGUAGAUGAAUCAGAGACGGUCUUCUUGAGGAGGAAGUUUUUCUUCUCUGAUCAGAAUAUCGAUAGUCGAGACCCCGUGCAGCUCUCGCUUCUUUAUGUGCAAGCCCGAGACGCUAUUCUUGAUGGAACGCACCCAAUCACUCAGGAAAAAGCUUGUGCUUUUGCGGGCAUUCAGUGUCAGGUUCAGUUUGGAGACUACAGACCCGAAAAACACAAGCCUGGCUUUUUAGAUUUAAAGGAAGUCCUGCCACAAUCUUACAUAAAAGAUAAAAUUGAGAAAAAGAUCUAUGCCGAACAUAAGAAACACAUCGGCCUCUCAGAAUUGGAUGCGAAAGUCUUGUACACAAAAACGGCACGAUCUCUGAGCACAUAUGGCGUAACUUUCUUCCUUGUAAAGGAAAAAAUGAAGGGUAAAAAUAAACUAGCACCACGACUUCUCGGUGUGACAAAAGAUUCCGUCCUACGACUUGAUGAGAAAACGAAAGAAAUUCUUAAAACCUGGCCUUUGACGACUGUCCGACGUUGGGGAGCUUCACCAAAUACGUUCACUCUUGAUUUUGGUGAUUACUCUGAUCAGUAUUACAGUGUUCAAACAACAGAAGCUGAACAGAUUCAACAACUCAUUGCGGGAUACAUCGACAUUAUUUUGAAGAAGCAACAGAAUAAGGAUCAUUUAGGAAUCGAAGGCGAUGAGGGUUCGACGAUGGUCGAAGAUAGCGUCUCUCCUUUAAGAGCAACUAUUCUUCAACACGAAACAACCAAUACAGGAAGAGGAAGCGUGGAAGCCGUAUCCGUGGCAAUACCCGCAGUGAUGAGAGCAGGAGGAGAUGGGGCUCGACCUUAUGGAACUGGACAUAUGGGUGGUGCACAAUACACAACUAUCAGUGGACAAGUGAACGUCGCUCACGCUCCUCCAACGAUGCAGCAGACCAAGGUGACAUCCGUCCUCUCGGAACCGCAACGUGCCUUAAUAACGACCAUAACUGCUGGUCACGAGAUUAUCGAAUUUGCGGAAACAGAAUUAAUUACGAGGGCAGAACUUCCAGAAUUGGGAACCGACGUCGCCUCUCUAAAGUGGAUCGAAAGAACGAUCGACACUCAUAAACAAAAUGUGGGAUCACAAAUCGCAGCGAUGAACGCUGCGACUGCACAAGUUGUCACCCUGACUUCCGGUCCUGCUGAUCAUGUAGAUCACACGGCAGUAGGUGCUGCAAUCACUACAAUCACAACCAAUUUGCCAGAAAUGACCAAAGGCGUGAGAAUGAUCGCAGCCUUGAUGGAAGAUGAACCCUCUGGUGAUCGUCUUUUGGAUGCUGCGAGAAAACUCUGCUCAGCCUUUUCCGAUCUUCUUAAAGCCACAGAACCGGAAACUAAGGAGCCAAGGCAGAAUUUACUGAAUGCAGCUUCCCGUGUUGGAGAAGCUUCCCACCAAGUAUUGACAACAAUCGGCGAAGAAGACGACUCGACUCGCGAACUCCAGGACAUGCUCCUUGCCCUAGCAAAGGCCGUUGCCAACACAACCGCUGCUUUAGUCCUCAAAGCGAAGAAAAUCGCAAAGACCUUUGACGAGAAUGAUGACGCUACCCAAAAUCGAGUGAUAUCAGCUGCAACUCGUUGCGCUCUCGCAACUUCUCAACUCGUCGCCUGCGCCAAAGUAGUCGCUCCGACUUUACACUCACCCGCUUGUCAAACACAGCUGAUGAACGCUGUUCGCGAAGUUACAAAAGCCGUUGAAAAUCUUGUUCAAGUCUGCAACGAAACUUGCGGCGAUGAACAACUUUUGAAGGAGCUGAGCGCAGCUGCUGCAGAAGUCACCAGAACCUUGAAUGAUCUUCUAAAUCAUAUCAAAACCGCCACCAGAGGAGAAAGAGCCAAGGAAACAGUUCAGGAAGGCGCUGUUGAACAAAUCCUAGUUGCUACAGAUAGACUCUUCGCAAGCACAGGAGACGCUGGAGAGAUGGUCCGUCAAGCCAGAGUCGUAGGUUUAGCAACCGCACAAUUGAUUCAGAGCAUUAAAGGCGAAGCCGAGAAACAGACGGAUUCAGAUCAGCAGCAAAGACUAUUGGCUGCUGCGAAAAUGCUCGCUGAUGCGACCGCAAGAAUGGUGGAGGCUGCUCGUCAAUGCGCAAGUAGUCCUCAUGAUGCGAGGAAACAGGACCAACUUCGUCAAGCUGCUGAAGAACUCAGAGCGGCAACAACAGCCGCGGCUACACCGGCGCUUCGCAGGAAAUUGAUUACAAGAUUGGAAAGUUGCGCCAAGCAAGCAGCUUCAACUGCAACUCAGUGCAUGGCUGCUUCAUCCGGAGCUUCUCAUCACAACACGAACAUCGCGAGCCAGGAAGAACUAAACGCCGAAUGUCGAGCGAUGGCGCAAUAUAUUCCGAAUCUUGUUCAAGGUGUCAAGGGAACUUUGGCGCAACCUGAUAAUCCCACCGCUCAGUUGAAUCUCAUCAACGCCUCUGAACAAUUCUUACAACCAGGAACUUCAGUCGUUAAAGCCGUGAGGGCUGUUCUUCCAACCGUUACUGAUCAAGCUUCAGCCAUGCAGUUGAAUAGUAGCUCCCAGCAAUUUGGAACUUCGCUGGGUGAUCUCAGAUCCGCGGUGACUCGAGCCAGGAAAGCUUGCGGAGGAUUGGAACUCGACGCUGCUGAGGAACUGAUCGGCAGCUUGAAAGAAGAACUCGUCGAAUUCUAUAGAGCUGUUGAAUGUGCCUCUUUGAGACCUUUACCUGGAGAAACCACAGAGUCGACGGCCUUGCGACUUGGAUCAACGUCUAAGAAUGUUGGAGUCUCGAUGGCUCAACUUCUUUCUGCUGCCAAGCAGGGCAAUGAAAAUUAUACAGGAAGUGCAGCAAGAGAAACAGCAUCUUCCCUGAAAGAUUUGACAAAUGCUGUUCGGGGAGUUGCGGCGACUAGCAGUCAACCCGAAACCCAGAAGAAGGUGCUGAUGACUGCUGACGAUGUGGUUGUCAAGUCCUUGAAGCUUGUCAGAGAAGCUAAACGAGUCCUGGAGAACCCGGAGAAUCCUAACAACGAAGCUAAUCUGGCUGCGGUCGCUAAGGAAGUUUCCUACUCGCUUGACAAAUGCGUUUCUUGUCUUCCGGGUCAGAGAGACGUAGAGACUGCGAUGAAACGCAUUGAGGAAAUAAGUACGGUUCUGACGACUCAGGAAUUCAGACAAACGACCAAGAGUUACGGACAGCUGCAGAGCGAUCUUAACAACGCGGCUGCUAGCCUCAAUGACGCCUCUUCCAAUCUUGUUUCUUCUGUCCGAUCCCCUGUUCAACUAGCAAGUUCUUCACAACAAUUCACAAACGCCUUCGAAGACUUGCUUGAUGUCGGAAUGGAAAUGGCGAGUACAAAAACAACAGAGACGAGGACGCAAGUUGUUAUUUCUUUGAAGAAUGUUAGCAUGACUUCCAGCAAACUUUUGACGACUGCAAAGUCCGUCGCUUCCGAUCCGAAUGCUCCUAAUGCCAAGAAUCAACUUCAAGCUGCUGCGAGGGCUGUUACCGAUUCGAUAAAUUACCUUGUCAAUGUUUGCACUUCAGCCGCUCCUGGACAGAUCGAGUGUGACAGUGCUAUCAGGGAAAUUAAAGCGAUGAAAUCUUUGCUUGACAAUCCUAGUGAACCGAUUUCUGAUGCCUCUCAUUCCGAAUGUCUCGAAACAGUUAUGGAUAACAGCAGAAAUCUUGGAGACGGAAUGACCGGAAUAGCAAAUCAUGCCAAGAAAUGCGAGUACGAACAAUUCUGCGUUGCAGUUCGAGGAGUUUCAUCAUCAGUCUGCGGAUUAAUCGAAGCAGCUGCUCAGGCGGCGUAUUUAGCGGGAGUGAGUGAUCCAACUUCGGUGGCUGGAAAACCAGGUCUUGUUGAUCAGGCUCAGUUCCUCAGAGCGGCUCAGGCGAUUCAUACUGGUUGUCAGAAUCUCAGCAACCCGACUAGCACUCAACAGCAGGUUAUCUCCGCUGCUACAAUGAUCGCUAAACACACUAGCGCCCUCUGCAAUGCUUGCAGACUCGCUUCCAGCAAAACCAGUAAUCCAGUUGCUAAAAGACACUUUGUCCAAUCAGCAAAAGAUGUUGCGAACUCAACUGCGAGUCUCGUGAAGGAGAUCAAGGCUCUGGAUGUUGAUUGUUCUGAAGCGAAUAGACAGCGUUGUGCAGAAGCUACCAGACCCCUUUUGGAAGCAGUUGACAGUCUUUGUACUUUUGCCAGUUCUCCUGAAUUCGCAAGUCAGCCAGCCAGGAUUUCCGUAGCUGCAAGAGCUGCUCAAGAACCAAUUACCAGCGCUGGAAAGUCAAUUAUUGACGGACUUUGUGGGAUGUUACACCUCGCAAAGAGCCUUGUGAUUAGUCCUGAAGCGCCACCCACCUGGCAAUUGUUGUCCAACCACAGUAAGAACGUCAGUGACUCUAUCAAAUCUUUGGUCGCCUCAAUCAGAGACAAUGCUCCGGGACAAAAGGAAUGCGAUUCUGCCAUUGAGCGACUAUCUUCUAAAAUUCACGAACUUGAUGAUGCUUCUUUGAGAGCUGUGUCGCAAGCGCUCGUGCCACGUCGGGAAAAUACGGUGCAGGGAUUCACUGAUCAGAUGGAGAGCAGUGCCAGUGAGUUGAGGGAGAAGCUGGAGCCUUUGAGAAAUGCAUCGAAAUUUGAGGCGGAAAAUGUUGGACACGCUGUUAGCCAGAUUGCCCUCUAUUGCGAGCCCUUGAUUUCUGGUGCAAUUGGCGCUGCUUCGAAUAUGGUGCACACGAAACAACAGAUGGUGCUUCUUAAUCAGACGAAGACGGUUGCUGAGUCGGUAUUGCAGUCGAUUUAUGUGACGAAGGAAUCAGGUGGCAAUCCAAAGGCUGUUAAUCUGCAUGCGGAGGUGGAUGAGACGGUGGAGAGUACGAAAGACGCACUUCAAGAAUUGCAGAAUACUUUGGAGAAUAUUUCUACGUCAAAUGGAAUUGUUACGGGACUGAUCGAUACGAUUACGAGGGCAAUGGUGCGGUUGGAGGACCACAGGAUGUCUACGAUUGAUACCGUCGAUUCGUAUGUUGAUUAUCAGACAAGGAUGGUCGAGGCAGCGAAGGAGAUUGCGAGAUUGGCUCAAGAAAUGUCGACUAAGUCCUCAACAGACGUGGCAAGACUAGGUCCCCUCGCGGUUGACAUUUCUCACAAGUACACACAAUUAGCCAGAGACACUUCGGGAGCUUCUGCAGCAGCUUCCAACGCUGAUGUAUCAACCAGACUUCGAACCGGCGUUCAAGAACUUGGAAGGGCCUGUGCCGAUAUCGUCAGGACAGCCGGAACUUGUCAAAUGUCUCCAGGAGAUGCUUACGCCCAACGAGAAGUUUCCGAGCAGAGUAAAAUUGUCACCGAAAAAGUCUCCCAGGUUCUUGCAGCUCUGCAAGCUGGAUCCCGUGGAACUCAAGCUUGCAUCAAUGCAGCAAGCACCGUUUCUGGAAUCAUUGGUGACCUGGACACGACGAUCAUGUUUGCAACUGCUGGCACUCUUCAUGCUGAAAACGAGGGCGAUACUUUUGCUGAUCACAGAGAAAAUAUUCUUAAAACUGCGAAAGCUCUGGUGGAAGAUACAAAGACUCUGGUAGCUGGAGCAGCAUCUUCUCAGGAACAACUUGCUGUUGCUGCUCAGAAUGCAGUUUCAACUAUUGUCCAACUCGCUGAAGUUGUGAAAUAUGGGGCAGCUAGUCUGGGAAGUCAUAAUCCCGAAGCUCAGGUAAUGCUGAUCAAUGCUGUCAAGGAUGUAGCCUCGGCUCUUGGAGAUCUGAUUCAUGCAACGAAGGCUGCUAGUGGAAAACCGAUAAAUGAUCCCAGCAUGGCUCAUCUUAAAGAUUCUGCUAAGGUGAUGGUAACGAACGUAACAUCCCUUCUUAAAACCGUAAAAGCAGUAGAAGAUGAACAUACUCGAGGAACUCGUGCCCUCGAAUCAACAAUUGAAGCAAUCGCUCAAGAAAUUCGAGCCCUAAAUACCCCAGAAUCUCAAAAAUCCAACGUAACACCAGAAGAUCUUGUUCGUUGCACAAAAAGCAUUACCGUGUCGACAGCCAAGGCCGUUGCUGCUGGAAAUAGUUGCAAGCAGGAUGACAUCAUAGCGGCUGCAAAUAUGGGACGUAAAGCCAUCAGCGAUAUGCUAACUAUUUGCAAAGGCACUGCUUAUAACUGUGCGGAAACCGCUGAACUUCGAGAUCGCACUCUUCAAGCUGGUCAUGAUGUUGCGAUGAAUUAUCGAGAACUGCUUCAAGCGAUUCUUCAAAUUUCAUCAAGACCUGCAGAUGCGAAGCACACUUUGCCACCAAUUUCAAGAAAAAUCGCCCAGAGUGUCACUGAAUUGGUGGCUGUUGCUGAGUUAUUGAAAGGAAGCGACUGGGUCGAUCCUGAUGAUCCAACUGUUAUCGCUGAGAACGAACUUUUGGGAGCCGCUGCGAGUAUUGAUGCUGCUGCGAAAAAAUUGGCGAGUCUCAGGCCAAGGAGAGGCAUUCAGGAGACAAAUGAAGACAUGAAUUUCGACGAGAUGAUUCUGGAAGCCGCUAAGUCGAUCGCAGCGGCAACUUCGGCCUUGAUUAAAGCCGCAAGUGCAGCCCAGAGGGAAUUGAUAGCUACCGGAAAAGUAGCAAGAACUCCCCUGACUUCUUCAGAUGAUGGCCAAUGGUCCGAGGGUUUGAUUUCGGCUGCCCGGCUAGUCGCAGCCGCUACUCACAGUCUCGUUGAAUCUGCAAAUGCUCUUGUUCAGGGUGUGAGCAGCGAAGAGAAGCUUAUUUCGAGUGCCAAACAAGUUGCCAGCAGCACUGCUCAUCUGCUUGUUGCCUGCAAAGUCAAGGCUGACCCGGAUAGCGAGAGUACAAAGCGACUUCAGGCUGCUGGAAAUGCUGUGAAAAGAGCGACUGACAAUCUUGUUCGUGCAGCUCAGCAGGCCAUUCAGCAGGAGGAGGAAAGAUCCUUGGUUUUAAAUCGGAGAAUGGUUGGAGGAAUUGCCCAGGAGAUUAAUGCGAGGUCGGAGGUGCUGAGAAUUGAAAGAGAACUUGAAGAAGCUAGGGGAAAACUCACGGCUAUCAGGCAAGCCAAGUACAAAAAUCGUACUGAUAUGUCGGAUACUGAUACGGAUGCUGAUCAGAGUGGAUAUGACAGUUAUAAUACGAGCAGGUACGAUACGAAACCCUUCGAUCCAUCAAUCAAUCAAUCAACCCUAAAUUCGUUAAACAACACUUUGGAUCAAAUACAAUCGAGCACACAAAACAUCAAUCACAUAGUCAACGAUCGUCAAAAUCUCGUGUCUCCCGAAAAAGUUCACUCAACACAAAGUACUCUUGAGAAGAAAAUGAAGGACAGCCAGUUCCGUAAUUCAGAAAACCAGUACGGUUCCGUCGACAAAAAAUACCUCGACAGUUCCUAUGGCUUCACCGACAAAAAAAAUACAACCGAUUCUGCAUACAGUACAACGGAGAGGAAAUACACUCCUGAAACUUCACCGUGUCAGUAUAGCUCAAUCGAAAGGAAAAUCAACCAGGAACCCUACGGUGGAGAUCGAGCUUAUACCCCAACUCAGAGUCCUUAUCCAACUCAAAGUCCUUAUCAAAGUCCAUAUCCAUCUCAGAGUCCUUAUCCAACUCAAAGUCCUCUAAACCAAAGCUCCUUCAUUCAAAGUCCUCUUCCUCCAAGUCAAAGUCCCUAUCCAUCUAAUCAGAGUUUAUUCCCACCAAAUCAGAGUCCAUAUCCUCCCAAUCAAAGCCCCCAACCCUCGAAUCAAAAUCCCUAUCCCAAAUCACCAACUCACUACACAGCUUACACUCAAGGCCAGGAAUUUAUAAAAUAUACUCCGGAUCCAAACAACGUCCACAAGUACAACAAGGAGGAUCAAUUUGAGAAAUUCACCGAGGAAGAGAAAUACUCGAGUGAGCAGAAAUCCUUUGAAGAAACAACAUUCUCAUCGGAUCAAGCUCCUCAGAAUUAUUUUGCGAGUUCCACUGACCGAUUUUCUGGUCCCAGUCCAAUGAGUACCUUCAAAUCUGACAAAUUUCCCGAUCCUCUGCGAUUUUCGACCUCGACUCCACAGAAUCAAACCUUCCGGAAUGUCGAGAGUAAAAUCACCCCUGGUGGAAGGGUCGAGACCAUAACGACCCAGAUUUACACCUCGAAUCCUGGACAGACCAGCAGUUUGAAUUUUGAAAGCUUGGAGGACAAGGAAUUCUUGAACUCUGGCAACGAACUCUCGAGUUUUAAGAAUUUGGAUAUCAAUAGUUUGGAUGAUAAUCAGACGUUGGAGCAGAAGAUGCUGAAGCAAUCGAUGAUCGAGAAAAUCACCGAGAAGAAAACUAUCACGACGACUACUUCCACUAAAAAGGAAUCUAACACGAAGAAUUUCCGAUUCGAUGAAAAGUAAGCUUAGUCCUGCGAGGUUUUAAAGUAACGCACAAUAGAAACGAUCUUCUAAGUCAGGAAUGUGGAGCCGAAUAUUUAUUUGGAGGGGAAGAGAGAUCUGUGGGAAACUUGACUUGACGAAAGUUGAAGAAAUUGAAUUUUUUGUUAGUGAUCCGAUUUAACGAGACGGUUUACAGCGAUUAACGAAUAGGCGACGUCAAUCGAAUUUGUUCACAAUCAAGAAAACUGCAAUUAUUUUUACAAUUUUAUAAUCAUGUUUUCAAAUUGGAUUUCAUCCGCGUGAAAGCUCGAUUGACGUCGCUUUGCGAUUUUUCGUCCGCUUUUUAGCCAGAUCAUUUUAAUUGUAAUCUUAUUUUUUAACCGUGUAAUUAACUUUAGAGUUUUAUAAAUACGAGUAAAUCGAGCCUUAGCCGCGCGGCCUUAGAUAAUUAUUAUAGUUAAUAGGUAAGUGCCCUUAGAUAGAAACGAAACGUGCUUUCAAUUAGCCUUGUAUCUAGUUAAGAGAAUAACAUUUUCAGAUCCGGAUUUUUAUUCAAACUCUAUUCAUUUUAAACAUUUUAAGACAGGAUUUGUCGGAUUUAGUUAGGUCCCUUUAAGUUAGAAUUUAAUUUAAGGCCACGUAUUAACAAGAGAAGCAACAUAUCAUUUAAUUUUAUUAAUUUUCUGGAUCCGCGAGUGAGAGAAACCGCGGAUUUCCCACUAACACUUUCACUUUCCGGACUAAUAUUCUUUUCUUGGUAGUUGCCCUCUCUUUAGGCCCUUUUUCAGGGUUGCUACAAGUCCUGAAAACCUGAACAAGUCAUGGAAUUUUUUAAAAAUGACUAGAAGUUUUUUAUUCGCACCUAUUAUGAAGUCAUAAUAAUUAUUUUACUACUUUUGUGGGGAAUAUUAUGAUUAUAAUUCAAGAAUUGUUUUAAAUGUUAUAAUCAUGUAAGUGAGAAUUGUUUAGAUUUCAAUCAUUAUUGAGAGGCCCUUCACAUUUUACAUCUGUUGGUAAAUUAGUCAACUACCAGUAGAAUAUGUUGAAAAAUGGAUAGAAUUGACUGAAUUAAAAAAAAAAAGUUCUGUAGCAACCCUGUUUUUCUUUUGCACCUAACUCUUUUUAAUUUUAAUUGCAACUUAUUGCGCUUUUGUAAAGAUUAAUAAGUGCAAUCCUUUUAGGCAUUCGAUGGAAAUGACAAGACUAGAGCGUAGAACUAUUUUUUUUUUUUAAUUUCCACGAUCGUCGUUUUGUGAAAGUAGGCUUUAUCGAUUGUUAUUUUAAUGUUUACCAAAAAUCGAAUGCUUUACUAAUGAAAGUGAAAACUGUGAAAUUAAAGCGACUAAAAGCGCUCUCUUUCUAAUCUUGGAAAUGUAUAUUCGAGACCUUAUUUUGUAAAAAAAAGAAUGAAGAAUAACUGAGACUUGGAAACGAGUGUGCCAUGGUCGAAGAAAGUUUAUUUGAGACUAAUGGAUUUAUAUUAAAUAUAUAUUUAAUUAUAUACUUAUACUCACAUGAGGAUAUUCAAAUGUGACUAUUCUAUUAUAAUAAUGAUAAUUAUUAUUAUAAAUAUUGUGUCGUUAACGCGUAACAAGUGAAUGUGAUUGUAUUUACGAUCGUAACAUGUCGUUUUUUGACAAUCUGACCUCUCCUGUGUGAGGCCUUUUUUGAUCGUUUUAUUUCGUAUACCUUUUAACUGAGGAUUGUUACGAAAGACUAUUGUGCUGCUGCCUUUAUUACCGUCUUGAUUAAUUUCAUUACCAUCUUGAUUAAUUUCAUUACCAUCGUUGUGGUAAUGGGGUUGUUUCAUCGAGAACGUGGGAAACAAUUGUACAUUUUUAAAACAAUAAAGUAUUUCUAACAGUC